UGUCGCGGGAAACAGAUGCCUGUAAGGCACCGUUGAUGAUUUUUUUCUUCGAAAAUAAAUAUAAGCAUUACUGACUGAGGAGCUCAUUCUAAAACCUAAGUAAAACUGCUCUGCAAUUCCUUACUUAGAGGUUCUUGAUGGCUGCAAUGUCGUUGAAGAUUGAAGGAUACGUAUCAUCAUCACCAUUCACUUUUGAAAGGCGGCGGUUGCGAUCAACCAAUUUGAUCGGAUGGCAACCAAUCAGGUUCUGCAAUUCGAAACUGAAUAUUAGAAGACAAAGAGGGCUUCAAAGAGGGAUUCGUCUUCCAAAGUCCUUCUGCUUGGUCGCGUCAUCUAAGGCAUCGUCUUCAUCUUCAGACUCUUCUGGCGGCUCGAGUUAUGAGGUGUUCUUGAGCUUUAAUGGUAAAGACAUUCGCACCAAUUUCGCUGAUCAUCUCUAUAAUGGCUUGGUCGGUUCUGGAAUUAGAACUUUCAGGGACGAUGAUGAACUCCAAAAGGGAAAAGAGAUUGGUCCAGAUCUAGUCUCUGCAAUCCAGGAAUCAAGAUUCUCCAUUCCCAUCUUCUCGAUGAACUAUGGUUCAAGCAAGUGGUGCCUCAAUGAGUUACUCGAGAUAUGUGAAUGCAGAAGAACAAUGAAACAGAUCGUCUUUCCCAUUUUCUAUAAAGUUGAACCAAGGGAUGUGCGAAACCAGACCGGGGUAUAUGAGAAGUUCUUUGAGGAACACCAGAAGCGAUUCGACGACACAACGGUGCAAAAGUGGAAAAAUGCUCUGAAAGAGGUUGGAAAAUUGGAUGGAUGGCAUAUCAAGGAGAAGACGCAUGAAGGGAAGUUAAUAAAAGUAGUUGUUAAAACAGUUUGGAGUGAACUGAACAAGAGACCCUUGAAUGUCUCUAACAACCUAGUUGGAAUCGAGUCUCAUAUAGAAAAAAUGUUGAUGCUGUUAAACAUUGAAUCUGGCAGUAGAAAAAUUGUGGGGAUCCAUGGCCUUGGUGGUGUUGGAAAGACAACGAUCGCUAGGGCUGUCUACAAUACAAUCUUUCAUCACUUUGAAGGAUAUAGUUUUAUUGAAAAUAUUCAAGAAAAUGCUCAAAACUAUGGGCUUCCUCAUUUGCAAAACCAACUUAUCUUUGAUAUCUUGAAACAAAAGAAUCAUAAUAUUACCAGUGUGGAUGAUGGAAUGGAUGUGCUCCAACAAAGAUUUCGUGAUAAAAAAGUUCUUAUUGUUCUUGAUGAUGUGGAUCAAGAUACUCAUGUGAGGUGUUUAGUUGGCAACCAUGAAUGGUUUGGUAUUGGAAGUAAGAUCAUUAUCACAAGCAGAAAUGAGGAUGUUUUAUGUGCUCACGAAGUAGAUGAGAUGUACAAGCCCAAUGUUAUGGAUUUAGAUCAUUCUCUUCAACUUUUUAGCCAUCAUGCGUUUCGAAGGGACCAACCUCCGGAAGAUUAUUUAGAUUUCUCAAAAGCUAUGGUAGAAACUACUGGAGGACUUCCCUUGGCUCUUCAAGUUAUAGGUUCAUCUUUAUUCUCUAGGGAAAAAUCAGUAUGGGAAGACAUGUUAAAGAAGUUGCAAAAAAUUCCCAAUAAUGAUAUCAUGAAAAGAUUAAAAAUAAGUUAUGAUAGAUUAGAUGAUGAGGAGCAACAAAUCUUUCUUGAUGCUGCUUGUUUUUUCGUUGGAAUGAAUAAAGAAAUUGCAUGCCACAUAUGGGAUGGAUGCGAUUUUUUCCCUCAAGUAGGACUUCGUGCUCUUUGUGCAAGGUCUUUAAUAACAAUUAGUGAAGAUGGUGAAUUAAGGAUGCAUGAUCUACUUCGAGAUCUUGGAAGGGAAAUUGUUCGCCAAGAGAGCAUAAAAGAGCCAGGGAAGCGUACUCGAAUAUGGUCUCAAGAGGAAGUCUUGGAUGUACUUGAUACACAAACGGGAACAAGUAAUGUUGAAGGACUCAGUCUUGCUUUCCCCAGCAGAUCAAGUAGCCCAUGUUUGAGUGAUAAAGGUUUUGUUCCAAUGACAAAACUGAGGUUACUCCAAUUUGACCAUGCAAAAUUUUUAGGGAGCAUCACGCAUUCUUUAUCAGAAUUGAGAUGGCUUAGUUGGAAAGGCUUCCAUGACCAAUAUGUGCAAACCAAUUUUCAUCCGUGGAAACUUGCUGUUCUCGAUCUAUCACAUAGUGAUAUCACAAAAGAAUGGAUGGUUUGGAACUGCAUCAAGAUGGCAGUAAAUCUAAAAGUUCUAAUUCUCACGUCUUGUCAUCGGCUAACUACAACUCCUGAUCUGUCAGCAAAUCGACAAUUGGAGGUAUUGAUUCUUAAAGACUGUGAAAAUUUGGUUGAGAUCGACGCAUCCAUUGGUUAUCUUGAGAACUUAGUCAAGUUAGAUAUGAGUGGCUGCAAAAGUCUGGUGGAUCUCCCAAUUGAAAUUCUUCAGUUGACUUCCCUCGAAGAACUCAAUUUAGAGGGUUGCAAAAGUCUGAAUAAGCUCCCUGAGGAAUUGGGCCGCAUGAUCUCCUUGACAACACUUGAUUUAAGUGGAUGCGAUAGACUUGGUUCCCUUCCAAAUCUUCCUCUGAGUUUAAAAAUUUUUGAUGCUUCUAAUUGCAAGUCGAUAAGAUCACUCCCAAUGCUUUCAAGCCUGGAAAAUCUAAAGGUAUUGAGCUUUAGAGGAUGCCUGAAGCUUCUAUACAUACCAAAUCUUCCCUUGAGUUUGACCAGCCUUGAUGUCCGCAGCUGUUCUUCAAUUCGAAACAUCUCAGGUCUUCCCUCGAGUUUGAUCUGCCUUGAUGUCUAUGGCUGUUCUUCAAUUCAACACAUCCCAGAUCUUCCCUCAAGUUUGACCCGCCUUGAUGUUAGCCACUGCUCUUCAAUUCAACACAUCUCAAUCUCAGGUCUUCCCUCAAGUUUGACCCACCUUCAUGUUAGUGAUUGCCCUUCGGUUAAAAAAAUAUCAGGUCUUCCCUCAAGUUUAACCCACCUUCAUGUUAGUGAUUGCCCUUCAGUUAAAAAAAUCUCAGGUCUUUUCUCAAGUUUGACCCACCUUCAUGUUAGUGAUUGCUCUUCUAUUCAAUACAUCCCAGGUCUUCCCUCAAGUUUGAUCAGCCUACAUGUUAUUGCUUGUGAGUCAAUAAAAAAACUGUCAAGUACAUCAGGCUUGAGAAAUUUAGAAACAUUAUGUCUUGAUUGGUGCUACAGCCUAGAAGAAAUUGAAGGUGUUGAUAUUAAGGGAUUGGACUCCCUUGUGUUCUUCACCAUGCGGGGCAGCAAAUCAUUAAAAAUAUUUCAAAAACUGACCGGCUGGAAAAAACUAAGGAAAUUAGAACUCACUGACUGCCGAAUAUCCGAUAUUGAUGGCAAGGGGAUGGACUCUCUUGAGGAGUUGGACAUAGCCGAUUGCCGACCAUUAAGAAAAAUAUCAGACCUGUCGGAUUCUAGACAGCUGCGGAAACUAAGAAUCAAUUCCUGUCCGGAUUUAUUCAAGAUUGAGGGCCUUGAGGAUUGUGAAUACUUACGAACAUUAACAGUCAGUGGGGCCAGUUCAUUAAAAACUUUACCUGAUCUUUCAAAAUUGAUGAAGUUGCAGGUAUUAAGGAUUAAGAGUUGUCAGAAGUUGACCGAAAUUCCAGGUCUUGACAAAUUGGAGUCCUUGCAAGAAUUGAAAAUUGAAGGGUGCAUAGCCAUUCAAAGAUUACCAGAUCUAUCAAACUUUAAAAACUUGCAUGAUCUAGUGAUUAAGCAUGGUCGGAAGUUGACCAAAAUUCCAGGUCUUGACAGAUUGGAGUCCUUGCGAGAAUUGAAAAUAGAAGGGUGUGUAGCCAUUCAAAGAUUACCGGAUCUAUCAAACUUAAAAAACUUGCAUGAUCUGGCUAUUGAAGACUGCCAGAAGCUAACUGAGAUACAUGGUCUUGACAGAUUGCAUUUUUUAAAGAGUUUGAAUAUUAAUGGGUGCAAGUCCUUGGAAAGAUUACCGGAUCUGUCAAAUCUAAAAAAGUUAAAGCUGUUAAGUGCUAAAUUCUGCAAGAAGCUAACUGAGAUUCGAGCUGUUAAUGGAUUGAAAUCUUUGAACUUAUUGGAUGUGAGGGGGUGUACAUAUUUGGAAAAAUUACCAGAUCUGAAGCUUUUAGAGGCAUUGAGUAAGGAAAAUGGUAGUGUACGUAUCUGUCGGACCCCACUCAGGACCGGAUACAUCGGUCAUUACAGGUCUAAUCUUCUCCGCAGAGGAGCUUUAUUCAUUCUAAGCAUAUUUGUCCCUCUCUUUCUCUCUCGUCAUUAUAAAUGCGAUCUCAUCCGCAGGGGAACUUUGUUCAUUCUAGGUACUGCAUUCACAAUAUUGUUCACAUGGAUUUGGCUUCAUCACCGAUUUCACCAAUAUUGCAAGCAUCAUCUAUCUUUUUUACUUUAUGAUUAAGCGUCAUAUAUCUUGAUGCAAUUGGAGGAGGGGAUAGCUACAUUGAGGAAUAAAAAAAAGUGUGCCUGGUUGUGAGUAGGAAUGUGAGAUGUGUCAUUGGUGAAAGGCUGAAGAUUUGAUUUUAGCAGGAUAGGUGGCUCUGAGAUUUUUUCAUUGCUGAUGUUAUCUCCUUGUUGUAGAUUCCUGGGAUGCACUAUUUUUUAGCCAGAAUGGGGGAUUUUAUUGUCAAUGGCACUUCAAGAUUCCCUGUGAUGCUGGCUGAGGAGUUAAAAGGGAUGUGUGCAAAGGUGUCUGAGGUGUUGCUCUCUCCAAACUCAGAGAUUUGUAGGGUAUGUUCUCUUUCUCAGUUGGGUAUUUUCUCUGUUGAAUCAGCUUGGGAUGAUAUUCAGGUGAAGUUCCCUCAGGUUCCUUGGUUUUCAAUUGUUUGGAAUAAAUUUCUCACUCCUCGUCAAUCAGUUUUCAGUUGGAGGAUGGUGCAGUACUCCCUUCCUAGUGAUAAUAUUGGUGCUCCUCUGCUGCAAGGCUUCUGAAAUGGAAAAGAAAAGCGGAGACUUCUUCUUUGAAAGACAUUUGGAUGGCUAUGGUGAUUAUUAUUCCUUUCCAGCUAUGGGCAGAGAGGAAUUUUAAAAGGUCCGAAGAUUUGGCUAGGAAUUUCAAUGCCAUUGCCAGUUCUACUUUUCAGGGUCUUCAUGAGGCAUCUGUUAUUGCUUCAUUUUCUGUGAGGACAGUUACAAGACCUUAUUUUCUGUAUGAAGUUGAUACUAGAUUCGUCCCAUUCCAUAUCUAAUCAGGUUCAAGCGGCUGUGUGGCAAAAAACUGGAUUAUGAUUGGGUCAAGCUCAACAUGGAUGGAGUGCGCUUUGGAAAAUCCGGGUCAUGCAGGGGGCUGGAGGAGUUUUUCAUAUAGGGAUGGCUUCUAAUUUUAUAGCUGAAUUCUCUACAUGUUUUUGAAGGGGUGAAGAUGGCGCAAGAGAUUGGCCGUACCAAGUUAUGGGUGGAAUGUGACUCCGGUUCAGUGAUUACAUGUAUCAAAAAUCUGUCUUUCCCUUUGUUUUUCUUACAAGAAUAGCAUUUUUAUAAGUCAUUCUUAGAUAGCAUUCUUUGGAAAAUCAGCAGUGUUAUCGUGAGAUAAAUAAGGUGGUGGAUACUUUGGCAAGGAAGGUCUAUGUCCUUGUCAUCGAAUAACAUGGUUUUUCUGCCAGGUUUUAUUGUGGAAGACUUCAGGUGGGAUGAUUUGGAAGAAAGACUUCGUUACAGGUUUUCUUGAGCAUAUCAUUUUGAGGGAUUUGAUAAAGUUUUAAGUGGGUCUACACUUUCUCCUAAUGGCAAUGCCGAAGAUGGAGGGGCAAUCCCAAGUACUUUAUGUGUAUUUUAGCUUGUGCUGUUCAGGUUAGUUUGGUUAG